UAAAAAAGCAAGCUAUUCUUGGAAAACCCAAACAAUCCCUUUUAUCCCUUUUCUCAUUCCUCAUGUUUCCAUUUUGAAUUAGGGUUUCACUCUGCUCUUCAUCCGCUUUCAAGCUAAAACCCUAAUCGCUCCGAUCCUUCUCACUAGCCGUUACCUCCGUUUUCCCGCCAAUUUAAGCUUCAUAUCAGCCGUUGACCAGCCCGUAUUUCAAAUACUAGCCGUUAGAUCUGUCCCCCCGGGUACCUUUUUUUUUUUUUUUUUUGACUUGAGGACGAGUUGACUGGACAUGUCGGCUGUUGAAGUGGAGAAGAAGGUCGACGAGGAUAAAAAGGUGGAGGAGAACGGAGGAGAGCUCCUGUUCUGCGGGGCCACCUGCUGGGACAUUAUUGGUCGCAAAAAAGGUGCCCAGGAAGGCAACUUAAUCUCUCCCACUCGGCUCCGUCCGCUAGUAGGCGUCGACAUUCGCUUCGUUGCCUCUGGCUGUGCAUCGUGUCAUUGUGUGGCACUGGAUAUUGAAGGGCGUUGCUAUACAUGGGGGCGCAAUGAGAAGGGACAAUUGGGCCAUGGGGAUUCAAUUCAGCGUGAUAGGCCUACAAUUGUUUCUGAACUUUCGAAGUAUAAAACUAUUAGAGCUGCAGCAGGAAGGAGUCACACGGUUGUGGUCACAGAAGAUGGUCAAUCCCUAGCAUUUGGCUGGAAUAAACAUGGGCAGCUGGGUUCUGGUUCAACGAGAAAUGAAAUCGAGUCAUCUCCUGUUCGUUGUCUUGUGUCUGAUGUGAAGAAUACUGCUUGUGGAGGUGAUUUCACUGUUUGGUUAUCAUCUGUUGAAGGAGCUUCUAUACUAACUGCUGGCCUUCCACAGUACGGUCAGCUUGGACAUGGAACAGACAAUGAGUACAAUACUAAAGAUAGUUCAGUCAGGCUUGCUUAUGAAGCCCAGCCACGUCCUAGAGCAAUUGCUUCUCUUGCUGGGGAAACUAUCGUAAAAGUUGCAUGUGGAACUAACCAUACAGUGGCUGUGGAUUCAAAUGGAUAUGUUUACACGUGGGGCUUUGGUGGUUAUGGAAGGCUUGGGCAUAGAGAACAAAAAGAUGAAUGGAUUCCCCGUCGUGUGGAUGUCUUUUCUAGGCAUAAUGUUCUGCCUCCUGAUGCAGUGAUUUCUGCUGGUUCUGUGAACUCUGCGUGUACUGCAGGAGGCGGACAGUUGUAUAUGUGGGGCAAAAUAAAGAAUACUGGUGAUGACUGGAUGUAUCCUAAGCCUCUAAUGGAUUUAAGUGGUUGGAAUUUACGCUGCAUGGAUUCUGGCAACAUGCACCAUUUUGUUGGCGCGGAUAACUCCUGCAUAAGUUGGGGCCAUGCUCAGUAUGGUGAACUUGGAUAUGGUCCUAAUGGACAGAAGUCUUCUGCUGUGCCCAAGAAGGUAGAUAUUCUUGAGGGCAUGCAUGUAAUUCGUGUUGCAUGCGGCAUGGGUCAUUCCAUGGUUAUAGUUGACAGAACAAACGUUGGUGACAGACUAGAGCAGCUGGAUGUCUAUGACGGCAAAGCUUCUGGUGAAGGGAGUGCAGAACCAGAGAGCAAAGUCCCAUCUGCUAAGCAAAGUACAAAAAAAAGUGCCUCUAAAGCUUCUAAUAACAAGAAAAGGAAGAAAUCCAAGGAUUCAUCAGAAUCAGAGGAUGAAGAGAUCAGUGAAGAUGAAAGUGACAACAGCGAAGAACAGGUUAAUGGCCGAACACAGCAAAGCAAGCCGGGUGGUAAGGGCCAAGGUAAAGGUACAACAAAAUCAGCAUCUGCAGGAAAAGUUGCUGGGCGCGGGCGGGGUCGCCCAUCACCAUCAAAUAAAAGUGCAAAUACUGCUGCAGGGAAAGCUGGGAAGAGAGGUAGGCCGCGAAAAGCAUAACCUGCAUGUUCCUAGAUGAAAUGGAAAUUUUUGCUGCGUGUAGAGAAGUGUACUAUUUCAUACUUCGGUUAUUUUAUUUGCAUUUUUUCAAUUAUUCAAGCAUUUUCAAUUUUCAGUCCCCUUAAAAUUGUUGUGUUUUCUGAGGAAAACAAUUUUCCUGGAUUAGCUCCGCUCACUUGGGAGAUUUGGGGGAACUGAAACAUUUUAUUACUCAAUUUGUACCAUUUUAUAUGGAAAAAAAAAAAAAAAUUCUCAUUCUAUUACGUU